UUUGAAGCAGAACAAAAAGGAACUUCAGAAAUUGUGUCCAUGAAAAUGGAUGUUGAUAGCAUCCUGCAUGAUCUGAACAUGUUUGAAGUUACUUCCCGGGGAAAUUACUACCCUGGAUCCUCUGCACCUAAAAAAUCAGAUACAUCUGCAUCUGAAGAGUUCCUGCGCAAAAGAGAAUUAUACUCAAAGACAUCAGCUGGCCAACAAAGUGGUGGUAGUGGUAGUGGCAGUGGUGGUGGUGGUGGUAAUGGUAGCAGUAGUAUUUAUGAAAACUUGAGGUCAACUGGCCCCAUUCCUGAAGCACCAGUGUAUGGAAAAAUAGCAUCAUUCCAAUCAAGCAGUGCAAGUGUGCCAGCAAGAGAGCCAAAUUCCUAUGAACUGGAUAACAUCCUGCAAGAAUUGAACAAAAGUUCAUCUUCCCGGGUUCAAUUGCUGACACGUUCGCAGAAUGGGCUUCCAAACCAGAAGCCAAGUGAGGACAUCAGGCAGGUGCAAAACCCUGUUUCAAGACCUGUGGGUUCUGUAUCUUCCAAAUUAGGAACGAGUUCUGGGUCUGAAUGGUCACCUCUGAAUGAGAAAAUUGAUCGUGACAGUAUUGUGGCUGCAUCUCGCCUGCCAACGCCGCUUCCAACUUCUUCAAACUAUGGACCUGGUCAGCCAAAUGGCAUUCCAAAAACUGCAAAAAUCCCUCAAGUGAAUGGUCCAACAGAAAGGUCAGGUCCUUCAAAACAUCCAGCAACUGGAGGAUCAUCAAUGGUGGAAAGGCCUCCUUUAUCAAACCUGGGUUUGUACAAGGCCCCACCAGCCUAUGGCUCUCAUGAAUCAACCCACUCCAGCCCACGAUCAAGUGUUGCAAGUAACUCUAGCAGGGAGUCUCAGUACUCAGGCUCCCAGGGCUUACCUUUGCCACAAAAAGCAAAUCAGGUCAUCUAUGAGAAUAUCAGCAGAAUGCAUCCUCCUUCAUAUGCUGCUGUGGCUUCCAAUGGAGAUUAUGGGAAUGGACAUCUGGGAAGACCAUUGGAUUCUAGGGGUGGAGGUGGAAUGAACCAAGAAGCUGAGAGUCAAAUUCCUAUGCUCAACCGCAAUGCUGUGAUGUAUGGAGAUGCCUAUUUUUCCCCAGGGGAGUUCAAUGAGCCCCACGGUCAUCAGAAGGCACAGCCGCAGGUUCCAGUUCGAGAACGACCUGCUGGCAUUCUCCCCCCCAGCUACUCUGACCAUGUGUCUGCCAUCAGGAGUCAAGGGCACCAAGUAAAUGAUGCUGUAUAUCUUGAUGAAGCUAUGAGCAAUAUGAAUCUGGGGAAUGAAUUGUCAAGCAAUAGGUCACAUGGUCCAAUCCAUGCAAGACCAUUAUAUCAUUUUGCUAAUGGCCCUCCAGUCAGUCAUUCCAACGUGAAUGUUCAUGCCAAGCCAUAUCUGCCUGAUCCACCACCAUACCCAGGGGCUCCACAAGCCUUUGUGAGUGACAGUGAGCCAUAUUCAUGGGGUCCCAUGACAGCAAAUUCAACAUCACGCUUUCAUGUGCCUCCAACUAUGCCUUCAUAUUGUAUGCCUCCCUCCCGGCCUCCUGUGGCAUCAUUUGCAACUUCAGACAAUGGAGUUUCCUCUUCAGGAGGACGUAUGCCCAUUCCACCCCUAACAAAUAUCCCUCAAAAUGUUCAAUAUCAUGCACCAGGGAAGAUUAUGAAUAUUGGCAGCAAGACACUGCUGCCUUAUCAUGUAACUCCCCCUCGCCCACUGGGGCCUACAGAAGCUGAGAAGAAAAUAGAGGCCCUGACUCGCCAGAUUGAAGAAGAGAUGGAGAAUCGAGAGGAAGAAGGAGAAUAUUUUGGGAUAUGCUACACAUGUGGUGAGAAGGUGACUGGAGCUGGACAGGCCUGUCAGGCAAUGGGAAACCUGUAUCAUACAAGUUGCUUUAUUUGCUGCUCCUGUGGACGAGCACUGAGGUGGAAGGCCUUUUACAACGUCAAUGGGAAGGUUUAUUGUGAAGAGGAUUAUCUGUACUCAGGAUUUCAGCAGACAGCUGAGAAAUGUGCUAUUUGUGGUCACCUGAUUAUGGAGACUAUCCUACAAGCCAUGGGGAAGUCAUACCACCCUGGUUGCUUCCGAUGCUGUGUCUGCAAUGAAUGUCUGGAUGGAGUGCCAUUUACCAUUGAUGUAGACAAUAAGAUCUAUUGUGUCAAUGACUAUCACAAAGUCUAUGCUCCCAAGUGUGCUGCCUGCAAUAAAGCCAUCACGCCUGUUGAGGGAACAGAGGAAACAGUGAGGGUUGUUGCCAUGGACAAGGAUUUUCAUGUUGAUUGUUACGUCUGUGAGGACUGUGGGAUGCAGUUGACAGAUGAACCUGAUAAACGCUGCUAUCCAAUGGAUGGCCACCUCCUCUGUCAGAGCUGCCACAUCAAUCGCCUUGAAGAUCAAUAUGGAACUGCCACCCUCCCCCAGAUCCCGGGUGUACGCUCCUUCUACCCAAACAUGUGAAAAGACAAGUGGCCAAACAACGAUGGAAAUCCACAAGCUAAGGAAAUCUCAUGUUAAUUUCAGCAUUUUGUGAUUCUGUGAUGAAAUUUGUACAAGGAUGAAACAAUGAGAACAAACGCUUUCAGGUUUCUUUUUGUGACCAAGAAGCUUUGAAUGUGAAGUAGGUCUAUUUAUUCCAUGGGCAAUGAGACCCAUGACCAAUCAAUACUCCUUAUCCUGUUCUCUAGUUUCACUUCUUGUGCUUGGGGCUGUCAUUUGUUGUUUUCAGAUGGCCUGCUGAUUUUUUUUUUUCUGCUGUCAAUGUUGUUUUGUCUUUUCUUACUCAUAAUUACAUUCCCAGACAUUUCUUGCAAUACUUGCAUUCCAGAAAAGUUCAAAAUUCAGUUGCAUUAAUUUGCACUGCCAAUAACUGAUUCAACAUGCGAUCUCUGAAGAGACCCACCUGGAAUCUAUCCACCCACCUUUGAAUUUUUAAAAAUGAUUUGCUGGAAAUUAACAAGACACUAGCACAAUAUAUAACCUGCCAAAAAUGGAAGUUUGUGUUGCUGCCUUAAGUAACAACUUCACUAGUUGUGCCUAUAUAUAAGAAUCAUAACAUGUCUUUGUAGAAUUAGAAUAUCAAAUUAUGAUUUGUUUUAGGAACAUGUCAUGGACCU